AUGGAUUUAAGCACGGGUUCAUCUAGUACUACUAGAUAUUUGGGAGGUUUGAGGAAGUGUAAUUGUGGAUUGCCAGCCAAGAUAUUCACAUCAAAGACCAAAAAGAAUCCAUGGAAAAGGUUAUUUGGGUGUCAAUUGUAUAAGGAUGGUGGAACGGAGCCUCGCAAGUAUUUUAAGUGGUUUGAUGAUGAAGAGUCUAAACGAUUGUCGCGAAAUGCAUUGAGUCAAGCUAUGGCAGAGAUUGAAGAGAAGGAAUACAUUAUCCAUGAACUAAGAAUGACCGUUAUAGAACUUCGUACUGGUUUGGAGAAGCAUGUGGAAGACGCAGAAAAAGUUAUAUAUAGGCAACGAUUGAUCAUAACAGGAUUAUCCGGAUUGCUUGUAUGUGCCAUUGGAGCCAUUAUUUUUGGUUGA